AUGCCUGUAAGGGGAAAUACUUUUAAAAUUUUUGUUGGUAACUUGAGUGAUCGUGCAACUGGCUCCGACAUCAGGGAACUCUUUGAAGCUCAUGGAACGGUGGUUGAAGCUGAUGUGGUAAAAAACUAUGGAUUUGUUCACAUGGAGAAGGAGGAAGGGGGGUCAGCAGCCAUAGAAGCACUCAAUGGACAUUCCCUGCACGGAAAGCCAAUGGUGGUUGAGGCAUCCACUGGUGCUAGGAAGGGCGGUAAUCAGAAGACAAAAAUAUUUGUUGGCAAUCUUCAUAAAGAUUCCAAACUUGAGGAGCUGAAGAGCCUCUUUGAGGUGUAUGGCAGUGUAGUAGAGGCUGACAUUUUGACCAACUAUGCUUUUAUUGUAAGUAUAUUGUAAUACAAAAUUAUUUUGUCGCUUUUUCUUUGCGUAUACAGUGGACCCCCGCAUAACGAUCACCUCCGAAUGCGACCAAUUAUGUAAGUGUAUUUAUGUGUGUUUGUACGUGUAUGUUUGUGGGUCUAAAAUGGACUAAUCUACUUCACAAUAUUCCUUAUGGGAACAAAUUCGGUCAGUACUGGCACCUGAACAUACUUCUGGAGUGAAAAAAUAUCGUUAACCGAGGGUCCACUGUAUUACUAUAUUAGCAGUUUGGAGGGAUAUGUUGUGUAUCUUUAUACGUAUAUGCUUUUAAACUGUUGUGUUCU